UCGCCCAGUUAACUCGGCGGCAAAGUAUCCUCUUGCCCCAUCCAGGCCCCAGGCGGGCCCCCGGCAGUAGCACACCCUCCGUCGCCCCCCAGAAGGCCAGAACAACUCGCCGUACCGGAGACGAGGACUGCGGGCGCCGGCGAGGUCGGCAGAGGCAGGCGCGAUGGAGGAGGAGAAGGAGCCGCCGUGGCGGGUGGUGGGGGAGUACGAGCUCCGGGAGAUGGUGGGGAAGGGCACGUUCGCGGAGGUGUACCUCGCGGCGCACCUCCCCACCGGCGCGCGCGUGGCCGUCAAGGAGAUCGACCGCCGCCGCCUCGACGACAACGUCCGCCGCGGCAUCCUCCAGGAGAAGAGCAUCCUCGGGGGCCUCUCCCACCCCAACAUCCUCCGCCUCAUCCACACCAUCGAGACGGAGGAGAAGCUGUUCCUGAUACUGGAGUACUGCGACGGCGGCGACCUCGAGGCGUACAGGAAAACGCACGGGGUUCGCAACAGGUUGCCGGAGGCCACCGCGAGGGACUUCGCGCGGCAGCUCGCCGAGGGGCUGAAGGUGCUGAGGGGUGAGAGGAUCGUGCACCGGGACCUCAAACCCCAGAAUCUCCUGCUAUCAACUAAUGGCGAUGCAAUUACAUUGAAAAUUGGUGAUUUUGGGUUUGCUAGAUCUCUGAUGCAUGAAAAUUUGGCAGCCACAUUUUGUGGCACCCCAUAUUAUAUGGCCCCAGAAAUCUGGCGAGGGGAUAAAUAUGAUGCAAAGGCUGACUUGUGGAGUGUUGGAGUCAUUCUUUUCCAGCUAGUAACGGGGGAGUUACCGUUUCUUGGGGAUAAUAGGCCCGAGCUGCGCGAAAACGUCCUGACAUCUACUGGCCUCAGUUUCCCUCCAGAUAUCGAAGCUGACUUACAUCCCGAUUUCAUUGGUCUGUGCAGAAGACUCAUAUGCCUUGAUCCAGCAAAGAGGAUGUCUUUUGAGGAAUUCUUUGAUCACAAGUUUUUGGCAACAGCAAGGAAGAGUGAAAUGAUCAGUGAGCCCCACCAAGCUCUUGCUCUAACGGAUACAUGCCAGACGGUCUCUUCUGCUGUCAUCAAAGUUAAGUCCGAAAGCGUGGAUUCAAAAGUGUUUGAUUCAUGGGAGUGGAUUGAACGAGAAUAUGUACUAGUUCAUGCGAACACUACUUCAAUGGAGAUGAUGUCUUCACUCGAGAAGCCAAUGAAGGAUCUCACAGGUGCAAGAUCCCGCGGUUAUGAUAGGUCCACCAGCAAAGGGUUUGUUCAGAAUCAAAACAGAGACUCACUCUGUAGAGUGGUUGCUGUGAAAAGCCAUGGAGGUACUCCACUGUCCAUUUCCCGUGAGUUAUCUACUAUGGAAGAUCUGCGACGGAAGCCACUUGAUUGUUACACAAGGCUUCACCUAUUGAAUCAGUAUAUUUUCGUUCUUACGGAACUUGCGCAGGAGAAGCUUUUUAAAGGGCUGGACCUGGAGGCACUAUCACUUGAACUUGUAAUACUAGCUAUAUGGAAAGAGGCACUUAAUGCUUAUAGCUUAUUGAGGGAUGAUUCAGAUGAUGGAAGUUCUUCGACCUUUGCGUACAAGAAUUUCAUGCCUAAGACUGAUAAUCGUCUAUCUCCGAGUUUAGCACAAGGAUUGGAUUUCACUAGACCGGCUUCUGUUCGUUACUGGGCUGAAAGUGGGUUCAUCAGGGCAUAUGACCGUGCAGAGAAUAUAUCACAUAGGUUGCGGGAGAACAAUGAUAACACUGAGAUGCCAGAUGCAAUGGAGAUCAUAUUCCAAACUGCUUUAGUAUAUGGGGAAAGUGGUGCUGCAAAGGAACUUUUGGGAUGUCAAAAUAGAUCAAUGGCACUAUACUCAAAAGCAAUCAUCUUGUUCACCUUUAUAUUGCAGGAAGCAUCUGCUUUGCCACUAAAUCCACUCUUCUCCCUUUCGCCAUUCAAUCAGCAGCGCAUCCAUAGGUACAUAGCUAAUUUGAGGAGUCAUCUCGGCAGUGCUCAGUUGACAGGACAACAGCACAGGUCCAUCAAGGACUAACUUAUACAUGGGAAAUUUCGAUUCACACGAUUGGAAAGAUUAACUAUUCGCAUCCGAGCAUCAGUCUCCGUCCCUCCAACCUUUUUGUCUAGGAGGCCUAAAUUGCAUAGGGGAACUUCUGCUACCAUGAGAUUGUGAUGUUAUAUUUGCAGAACGCAUGAUCCAUGUGCUCUUUCUUUUGUACAUAACACUUCUAAGUUGUACAGUUAUUUCCCAUCAAGUAGAAAUGACCUUAUGGGUUUGUAUAUAAAUAUAACAUGUGAAACUUGUAAAUUGAAAAAGACUCCAGAUCUUUCGUUCA